AUGAUCCAAACAAAAAAACCAAGCGGAAAGCGGCAACAGAUUGUCUGGCGGCUCGAAUGUGAGCUGGGCAUAAUUUCCGAUAGUGACUGUCCUAUUGAUGGAGGUUGGUCCGCCUGGAGUCCUUGGUCGGCAUGCCAAGGCCCUUGUGACGACGUUGGACACCGUCACCGAACAAGAGAAUGCAUCAACCCGCCACCAUCUCAAGACGGUACGCCUUGUGGUGGGUCGGAUGAACAAACCGAUAUCUGUUACCUUACAAACUGCACUGUCAAUGAUUUUCGGGAACUGGUUAAAGGUGACUCUGCUAGGAUGGAGGCCCUAAAUCAACUAGAAGCCGUACCUGCUUUAAUGGAACGCUGUUUACAAAUGGAAUGCCCAUUCGAAGCAAUUGAGGCAGCUUUAGCUUUUGAUAAUACAUGGCAACUUAAUUCAGAAUCUUUGUGGAACGCAUUACAAUGUGUGAAGCGUAACCUGGGUUGUCCGUUGAUAGGCGAGUGGGGAACAUGGGGUUCCUGGUCUUCUUGCGGAGCCAGAUGUGGACGAGGCUUAAAGUGGAGAUUACGAAGAUGUGAUACACCUGCACCGUCGGACGCGCGUCUUGCUUGUGCUGGCUCUCCUCUUAUAGCAGAUGUUUGCGUAGGCGACCAAUGCGCUAUUACUAGCAAAGAUUUUGGAGGAAGUUGGGGUGAGUGGGGCUCCUGGUCAGCGUGUUCAGAGAAGUGUGGAGCAGGGGUAAGACGCCGAAGGAGAGUUUGUCAUGAAACCGACACCCCUCCUGUUUCCGGAACGUGGGGUACGCAUUGUCGAGGACAGCACGAUCAGUUAGAGGUUUGUGAAAAUGAUUUUUGUUCGUUGGAUGGUGGAUGGUCAGGAUGGGGAAGUUGGGGACCUUGCUCACAGACCUGCGGAGCAGGCAAACGGGCUAGAACAAGAACCUGUACUAGACCUAUCCCUCAGGGUAAAGGGUCGACUUGUGUCGGCCCUAAAACUGAAGUUGGCACCUGUCAUUUCAAUCCUUGUGAAACAUUUUCUCAUACAGUUGCCAUAUUUCAUGGUGAAUCAGCUCUUCAGUACAACUUUGAAAAUAAGCGCGCUACAUUAUAUCAUUUCUACAUGCGAUUUAUGCCCUUGUCACCUCAUGGAACGUUGGUACGUCGAGAAGCGGGUCAAAAUUCUUUUGUUCGUCUCAGUUUACAGAAAUGGCAUGUUUGUCUAGACGCGUGUGGCGCAACUCGGUCAUGUUGUCUGCCUAGGAUUUGCUCGCACACAAACUUUGAACCAGCCACUUGGCAUACCGCUCUUCUGGCUGUGACGGGCGAAGGAGCUAUGUUGAGGCUCAAUGAAGCCACCAUACCAUUAAAGAUUUCUUGGCCUUGUGACCCAGAUUUGCCUGAUGACAAAAUGAAAAUUUUUGUAGGAGAAAGAUUUCAGGGACAAAUUCAGGAACUCAUUUUGAAUUUUAUUCCGUUGAAUAUGAUUAUAAGUCGCAAUCAGAGAUCCAGAAAAAGCGAUUUACAUCCUAUCGCUGCUUCAAAUAUAGCAUAUGAAAAAGCAAAUACGGAAGAAGCAUACAUGUACAUCAACAAUGACCAGUAUUUAUGCCUACCCUGCUUCAUUAAUCAAGAAAAUUGGCAGUUAGAACUCACUUUGAAAACCAAAAAAGAAGCGGGAACUAUUUUAUUUUUGAGAGCCGAAAGAAGCACCAGCUGGUUACAUUUAUAUUUGCAAAAUAUGAGAUUAAAGAUGAAGUUAGCUAUUGGUUCCUUUCGAGCAGAAGGCAGUAGUACAUCGGAUUGCGCGCCAGAUCAAUGGCUUGACGUUACUAUUACCAAAAACAAAGAUACAAAUGCAAUUGAAGCUUGUAUCAACGCUGGCGAACGAGUACACGUAUUGUUCGAAGAAGUGGCCCGUAAAAGACGUGACUCAGUUAAAAUCAUAACGCCACCUACAGACCCAGAUAAGGCAUCAUUGAGAGCUGAAAAUGUUGUAAUUGAGCAACCAAAAGACUUUGUAUUUUCGUUGUGCUCUGACGAAUUCUACAUUGGUGGGAUACCAAAUAACUUAAAAAGUAAUCUUAACGAGGAAGUUGUUCCGUUUCAUGGAGUUAUAGCUUCUAUUAGGGAAAAUGGAGUCCUAUUAGAUUUACAUAGUUAUAACAUGGAGAGAUAUAAAGAAGACAAAGUUCAAGUCUCCUCGAGAUCUGCGAGUAUAUCUGGAUCUUACCAUGAAACAGCGUGGGGUAAGUCUAACAGGUUGAACCUGACGUGCCUUCAUGCAAGAACAGCUCGAUCUCCACACGAAGCUAGCUGGUUGUACCUCGAUACAGCAAUCGAUGCAAGAACUCUUAAAGAAAAAACUGCGAGAUCGGUUAAUGAUGGACGAGUUCUGAGACUCGUAGCUACAGCUGACCAUGAUCUAAGAGGAUUUUACACAUGUCGUGCGCACAGCAACAGACGUACUCAGAAUAUCGUCACUUACGGUGUUUUAGGCAAGAUUCAAUACAAACUAAGUGGACCUGACACGACCACAGCUAUUGCUGUUGUCACAACACUGGUUUUAGUAAUAAGCACACUUACUUGGCUUGUCAUCGAAUGUUUUCAUGACAUUCGUAACGGCUAUGGUUUCUUUAGGGAUGCGCAUUUGUCACCCCAGGAGGAAGCUGAAGCGGUGUGUGAAUACAUCGAUCAGAAUAUUAAUUUAUUGUCUUCGAAGAGCGAUGCUAAAGUGGCUAAGGCUCGAGCUAGGAAGAGGGCUAGACAGCUAGUGAGCCGAUCUAAUUUUGCUGCUCAAGAACCGCAAGGCCUAAUGCAGGAGAGUUUACAUCCAGAACAAAGUGAUGACUCAGUGAGUGAACCCGAGGGAUUGCCCGCAUUGCCUGAAGUGAAGAGCUCUAGACCAUUCCCAACUGUGUACAGCAAUGUGUUUAGGGUAGAACCGUGCUAUAUUAGUUCGCCUCGUCCAGAUUCAACAUCGACCCCGAAACUGAGAGCGACGUCAACAUCAUCCUUUGAGCUCGUCUCUCCAAGAGUUCUUUGCUCGCGGCUUCUAAUGCACAAGCACACUUCUUCCAAAGAAAGUUUCUAUUCGAAGAAGAGUUCGGCUCGUGGCGGCUUUACGACACUACGAAAGAAGAAAGGAAGUCUGGUCACUAUAAAAUCUUCCGUCUAUGUAGCUCAAACUCCCGCUCAAAAGAUUCUGCAACGGUUCCAAAGCCUAAAAGGCGAAGAUGUUUAG